AUGUCUUACGGAUACGGCCCAGUUGACGGGCCACAUACUUGGUCAAAGAAAUUUGAACAUGCUGGAGGAUCUCAUCAAUCCCCAAUUAAUAUUGCAACAUCCGAUGUUCAAAGAGAUCCCACUCUUAAGGCCUUAAAAUGUGAUUUCAAGGGUAUAACUGAAAACCUUCUGAUUGUUAAGGAACACAACUUCCAAAUUUCUAUUCACGGCAUUGCCUCCAUGACUGGUGGGCCCUUGUCCUCCAGUUACCGUCUAGCUCAAUUUCACUUCCACUGGGGCUCCGAUGACCAUUGGGGCUCGGAACAUUUAGUUGAUGGACGCAGUUUUUCCGCAGAGCUCCAUCUAGUAUUUUUCAAUGAAAAGUAUUCUAGUUUUCAAGCUGCAAUUGAAAACAAAGAUGGGAUUUCUGUCUUAGGAGUAUUUUUGCAGGUGAUUUAUGCAAAUUAUUUAGUUAAAAUGUUUUAUUUUAUCAGGCUUUCAAAACCUUAG